AUGGCUGGCACUGAAGACCACUUCCCUGGCCCUGACAACCCAUCCAAGAUGCGCCGCAGUGUUGAAAAUGCCGAGCAUGUCGGUAUGCAUAUAUUGCCCAUCGUUACAUUCAUGCAGUAUCUGACUUUCCUUGCAGGCUUGUUCGCUCCCAGAGUCGGUCAGCAAUACCGUGAUGAGCAACGUCGUCGUCGCUCUCAGUUCGACCGUGGCACUACCGCAGCCGAGCGUGAAUCUCACUGGACUCGUGACUGGCCAGCCCACUCUGAUCGUAUGGAACAGAUGCGUCCCAGCAUUAUGAGUCCUUGGUAUGAGCCAGCUGGUGGCAGUCGCCAUCAUCACCAUCUCUCUGGAUAA